AUGACUAAGCUGCAAGUGAUCAAUUUACAUGCUACUAGUUCGGGAUACGCCAAAUUUUUAGGAGAUCUUGGAUCGUAUAUAGGGACCAUCAAGAAUGGAAAAGAUCUAAUCUGCUUAGGAGAUACCAACGCUCAAAUAGGCGUAGAUAACCCGAGUGAAGAGGAAAAACAACUCAUCGGUAAAUUUGUGGGUCACGAACAGUCGAAUCAGAAUGGAGAGCAAUUAAAAUUUUUCAUCCGGCGUCAUUGCUUAGCGUUGCGAACAACAAUGGCGAACAAAACGUUGAUGAGCACAUGGGCAUCCGGAAACAGAGCAUCACAAAUAGACCACAUGAUGACAAAAAUCAAUUCCAGAGUAUUUCUAAAAAAUAUCAAUGCGCAGUGGGUUCGAAAUGUUAGCACAGAUCAUAAAAUCAUUUAUGGCGGAAUCAGCAUCGUAAAUAACGCAACACCGAAUGGUGAUAACUUUUCUCAGCUGGAUGCGGAGAAAUGGGACGUAUCAUUGCUGAAAGACGAAACGCUCAGAAACAAAUACGCAGAAACCUUGGAUACCAUGCAGAUUGACGUGACCUCCGGAGCUAUUUCUGAUGUCUGGAAAGCAUUCAUCGAUAAGAUCAAAUCAGCAGCCAGCCGGACGAUUGCAGAGAAUAAAAAGAUACCAACCACCCCGCGGAGGCGCAAAGCUUUGGCAAACGUCAAAAAGUGGUCCUUCAGAUUAAAGAGAGAUCCAUUCAAGAAAUCGGCAUUGAACAAUCUCAAAGAUGCAAAACGCAACCUAACGAGCCUUAAUAGACGUCACGAAGAGGAGGAGCAAGUGAAGUUCUUUGAAAAUCUUCAAACAUUCAAGAUCGGCGAGAGAAUUAACAGGACCCACGCGUACAUGAAAAAACACCGGAAGCGAAACAACAAAGCAAAUAAGCCUUACAUCCCUAUGCAAAAUUGGCAGACUGGACAUAACAAUGAAUCAAUGCUCCCCAAUCGUUUGACCGGGUCGGAGUAUGACACAAACGAGGUCCCCAGUCUUGAUAGAAUAGAAAUCAUUCUGAAACAGAGCAAAAACGGUAAAGCCCCCGGGAUUGAUACUAUAAAUAUGGAAUUGCUGAAGUACGCAUCUGAAAACACGAUUGAAGAACUCAAGCAAAUUCUCAAAAGGAUAUGGAAGGAGAACGAAAUACCGGCCCAAUGGAAAGAAACGCUACUAAUACCAAUUCCGAAAAUACCUCACCCCAAAAAUGUGGCGGACUAUCGCAGAAUCUGUCUUAGCAGUGUUGGUUAUAAGUUAUACGCAUCAUGGAUACUGCACGAGUUAACGGCGAAUACGACUCCUAUAGGAACCCACCAAGCAGCGUUCCUGCAAGGAAGAUCCACAAUGGACCAUGCCUUUGUAACAAAACGUGUGCUAGAAGAAAGAUGGAAUGCGGGGGAUGAUACGAUACUAAUGGCUCUUGAUAUCAGUAAAGCUUUCGACAAGUUAUUAAACGUGCUAAAGAGUAGCUCUCGUUUUGAUUCAUUUUUCUUCGUCCGAUUGUUCCACGUUCCGGUUCUCGUAUCCGCUUCGGUAUCUGUGGUCGGUUCGUCCGCUGCGCUUCCUUUGCCUACAGGUUAUGGGCGCCAGUGUCCGGAGAACGCGGAAAUUGUGACGAUUUCGGUCGGGAAAAUAGUGAGAAAGAUCGCGGGUCUCGUCGUGUGUGAUUUCUGA